AUGUCAGGAAUCGAUCUGAAUGUCAGUCCAACAGAAGAUGAUGACAUUGACAUGGAUCCUCCGUUUUGCACUCAAGCUCCGCCACCGGAGAUGGUUGAAGAAUCUCCAGACCCAAUAGGCAGCGAGCAGGAAGUUGGUGGUGGUUCAAAUGACCACAGUAAUAGAGGCCCGCAUACCAAUUCAGCUUCACACAACGUUGGGAACAACAGCAUCCCGACUACUACAAUGCCUACAGAAUCUACCACUUAUCCAGAGUUUGAAGAUGGUGAAGAUGACAUAGCAGGCAUGCAUGAAGUUCUUUCCACCCCAACAGAACCAUUUAUUGGUAUGCGGUUUGAUACUGUCGAAGCAGCAAGAGUACAUUAUAAUGCUUAUGCAGCGAAAUUGGGUUUCUCAGUUAAGUCUCACACAUCCCAAAGGAACAGACAUACAGGCACACUGGAGAAGCAGCAGUUUGUAUGCAACAAAUUCCGCAAACCUAAAACAGAUGAAGAGUUGCAGAGGGAAAGGAUGAACAUUAUUGAAGAAGUGAGCCCAGUACAGAUGGAUGAAGAAAAUUCAGAAGGACAUGAUGAAGAUGACAAAUCUGGACCAUCAAAAAGAAGUUCUAGUAGAUUAGCGGUUAAGCGCAAGAGAGAAACUAUCAAGCAGACGAGUUGUCGUGCUAGAAUGUUUGUGAAGCUAAUAAACAACAAGUGGGAGGUGACCUAUUUUAUUGCAGAGCAUAACCACGCCAUGGUUGACAAGCCAUCCCUCACAAAAUACUUGAGAUCACACAGGGGUAUUCCACCAGAUGAGAGAGAGUUCCUAAGAUGCCUACACAAUUGCAAUUUGCAAACAGGGCGCAUGAUGGAGAUUAUGUCUGAAUUUUAUGGCGAAGAUGCUUUUGUCCCAUAUGGCCCUAAAACGAUAUCAAACUUGAGGUCAGAAUUCAGGAGUGAGAACAAGGAAUAUGACAUAAGUGAGACACUUGACUAUUUCAAGGACUUGAAGCAGAAAGACCCAGAUUUCUUCUAUGAUUUCUCGUUGGACGAUGAGAACAGAGUUGAACACAUAUUCUGGGUCGACAGUGUUGCGAGGAAAGCUUAUGAAGAAUCCUAUCAUGAUUGCGUGUCUUUUGACACAACCUUCUUGACAAAUCGCUUCAGCAUGCCUUUUGCCCCCUUCGUCGGGAUAAACAGACAUGGACAGUCAUUCAUGCUGGGUUGUGGUUUGAUUCGAGAUGAGAAACAAGAAAGUUUUGAGUGGCUGUUCCGCACUUUCCUUAAAGCAAUGCAUGGCAGGCAGCCGUCGAACAUAAUCACAGAUCAGGACUGGGCUAUGAGGUCUGCGAUAAAAGCUAUUUUCCCAGUAACCUGGCAUCGAAACUGUCGCUGGCAUAUAAUGAAGAAAGCUAAUGAGAAACUUGGUUCUUUCUUAGGAAGGCGUCCAGGUUUGGCUGAGGAAUUCAACUCAUGUGUUGAUGAGAGUUGGACUGUAGAAGAGUUUGAAGCCCGUUGGCAAGAAAUGGUUCUGAAGUGGGAGUUGGCAGGAAAUGAAACAUUUGAUUGGUUAAAGAAAAAUGCCCACACAUGGGUUCCAUGUUACUUCAAAGAUCGCUUCUUCCCCUUCUUGCAGUCAACUCAGAGAAGUGAGGGGUUCAACGCUGUGCUGAAGCGGUAUAUUCAUCCUCACAACUCAAUUAAGCAUUUUGUGCAGCAAUAUGAGAAAAUUCAGCGGAAAAUUUUAGGAGUUGAGGGGAACAAUGACUACAGGACAGAACAGCUUGAGGUAGUGCCACAAUCAACUUUCCCGAUUGAGAAGCAUGCGCUUACAGUCUAUACAAGGGAUAUCUACCACAGAUUCAAAGUUGAGUUUGAACUCAUUGGUAGGUACAAUGUGCAGGUUCUUGCACCAAACAUGUACUAUUUGGUUCCUAACAGUGAGAGGUGCUACCCAUACGGGGAAAGAAGCUACAUGGUAAAUGCAAGUGGUGAAAACAGCUACAACUGUGACUGCUGCAAGUUUCAGCGCGACGGUUUGCUUUGCUGUCACGUCUUAAAGGUAUUCACACACAUAGGCAUUGAUAGGAUACCAGAGAGGUACAUCACAAAGAGGUGGACUCAACUUGCAGUUGAAAGUGUCACAAUGCCUACUGGUCCUGCGUUGGAUGAGUUGAUGCCGGAACAGUCGCUACAGAAGUUGCGUUAUGCAAAUUUAUGUACAUCAUUUGUACAGGUUGCUAAACUGGGCAGUGAAACUGAACAAGCAGCAGCUAUUGCUCGCAGACACAUUAGGGAGAUGAAGGCUGAGUUUGUGCAAUUGAAGAAAGUACGGAGGAAAAAGGCUAAAAGCAAUACAUCUACAAAUGCAGCACAGCCAACAGUACCUACUUAUGCGCAUCAGCAUACAUCAGAUCCUAAUGCCCCGCAUCAUACACCUGGAGCUAAUGCACAUCAGCAUACAGCUAGCCGUAAUGCCCCGCAACCUACACCGAGCGGUAAUGCACAUCAGCAAGGAGCAGGUCCUAGUGCACCGCAACCUACUCCUAGAGCUAAUGCACAUCAGCAACAAUCAGGUCCUAGUGCGCCGCAACCUUCAUCGAGUUCUAAUGCGCAGCAGGAAACAACGGUUCCUCAUGCCCAGCAGCAACCAGCAGCUCCUACCGCGAAGCGUGCAGCACCUUCGGCUCCUACUACUCGUCAAGCAAGGAAUGCAGCGCCUUUGCCAAAAACUAGUACCAGUAAACGAGCAAAAGCUACUGGUAGGAACUGGUUUGAAACUUCCGCUCCUACGGGACAGCAAACAAAAACAACGGAAAACAACCAGCAAGUUCUUGUGGAACAAACUUAUGCAUCACCUCAAGGUGUCCAUGUGGGUCCUUCUCCAAAUGCAAAGUUCUCAGGAACACAGACAGAACAUACGUCGUCUGUGCCACAAUCUGCUGCACCUCAGCAUCGAAGUUGUGCGAAUGAGCAAGCAUCUUUGGGACAACAAUCUGGUGGUGUUGUUGCGCCAAGAGAUGAACCUUUCGUUAUUCUCAAUCCUCCCAGAUCUAAUACUAAAGGUCGUAAGAAAAGUAGAAUUCCAGCAGUAUUCUUGACAGAUGUAACCCAUGUAUGA